UCUUUCCAAUCAAUAUCAUUGAGUUAAUGAUACAGUUACAUUUUACAGUAACAUAGUAACAUGAUGCAGUAACAUUUUGAUAUUUUAUAUUUAAGCUAGCCUGAUUCUGAUUGCACUGUACAAGUAAAACAAAAAUCACCAGACACAAGAAAACACUAAGAAACAGUGAGUAAGUAAGAAACACGUGUCAGUCGUUAUAAGUCUGUGCUUCCGUCUGGAAGUUUUUAUCCACCAAAAUAUUGCUGAAAAUAAUAUGGGCUCUAAAUUCAGAUUUCAGUGCACUCGAUACACAUGUCGCUUUAAAGGAGGCUUUAAAAUUAGUUCAGCAGAAAACUGUCAUUGUCAGGAAUAUUCUUUCAGCAGUCUAUAGGUCUAAUAAAUUAUUUGGCGUAAGCUUGACAGAUGUUUGUAGGGACAUGCACCCUUUGGUUGGGGAGGUUCUACAUUCCUCUUUAGGUGCUGAGGGAAGGGCUGAGGAGAAUAUAAGACCCCAGCACAGACAGAGACAAAGCAAGCGACCGGUUUCCAGUCUUCAGCUGCAUCAGUCAAGUUUGCUAGGAUGAGCCGCAGUCCAGAGAGGAUGUCUUCAUACCGCCGUCAUUUCGAGGGCACUUUGGCAGCCAGUUCUGCCUGCCAGCUGCGGGUUUCCAGUCCAUCUCCCACCCGGAGGGAGACCCGCCAACGGUCAGCAAGCGUCACCCGGAGUGGUGAGACAAGGGGGCGCAUGGCCCUCAGUAACAAGGCUCGACUGACCAGCAGUACGAGUAUGGGAGCUCUGUGCUUUGGUGUGUCCAAGGAUAGUGAGCUGGAACUGGACCUGGAUGUGGCUGCAGAGGAGAACCGGGCCUUUAUGCUGACUCGUACCCACGAAAAACAGGAGAUGGUCGUCCUCAAUGACCGUCUGACACUGUAUAUCGAAAAGGUGAGAACACUGGAGUCAAAAAACAAGCAGCUGGAGGCUGAGAUCGAAGCCCUGAGAAGCAGCUAUGAGAGAUCAUCUGGGCUUAGGAAGCUCUACGAGUCUCAGCUGAAGGAACUGAACAGGGAUGCAGAGCAAAUGAGAGAGCAAAGGGAUCUGUCUUUGGCAGCCAAGGAAGCAAUGUUGGGCCAGUUGGACACGCUGAAGGCAAGAUAUAAUGAAGCCCUGGAGACCAGGAAGAAGUCAGAGUAUGAGAUUGAGGCUCUACGUCCGAACGUGGACGAAGCAACCUCAGCCCGGAUUGCGCUGGAGAAGCAGCUGGAAAAUCUGGAGGUUCAACUCUCCUUCCUGCAGAGAGUUCACAAAGAGGAAAUCGAGGAGCUGAUGCUGCAGAUCUCUUCAGCAUCCUCUGAAUCUGACUCCACGUUUGGCCUCCCAGACCUUUCCUCCACCCUAAAACAGAUUCAGUCUCAGUAUGACAGCAUUGCUGCCAAAAACCUGGAGGAAAUGGAGGCCUGGUAUAGAACCAAGUUUCAGGACCUUAAUAACACCUCCAGUGAACACAUUCAAAGAGUCCGAAGUAUGAGAGAGGAAAUUGCUGCUUAUAGGAAGAAUAUCCUAGACAAAGAACAUGAACUGGAGGUACUGAAGACAAGGAGUGAGUAUUUGGAGGCCCAGAUCCGUGACAGAUUGGAGAAAUAUAAGAAUGAAGAGAAGGACUUAGAGGAGCACAUUGAGGGAAUUAAAGCGCAUCUGAAGGUGAGCAAGGAAAAGACGGCUCUACUGCUGCGAGAAUAUCAGAACCUCCUGAAUGUCAAGAUGGCUCUGGAGAUUGAGAUCGCCACCUACAGAAAACUGAUUGAGGGGGAAGACAGCCGCUUGGGCACCAUGGUCCAAAACCUUUCCUUGACUGGAGGCUUGCAACUUCCUUCCAACGAUAGCAAAUGCGCUCUCUCAGCACCUUCAAAGCUGGGUGGAUCUUUGAGUGAUACAAGCGGUAACGGCACUGAGAGAGCUGCAGGUGCUGGCCGAAUAGCAGCAGCCUCAGACACCCAGGCUGAUGGUAACUUAGAGAAGCAGGCAACAGUGAUGUCUGAGAGGAAGACAGUCCUCAUCAGAACAAUUAAGACAGAUGAGGACAUUUACGAGAGUGACACACAGGAGCAGCCGAUGAUACAGAUGAAGAAUAAACCCUCAGCUCUGUGAUUCUUUUUGAGUACAUCUGGUGUGCCGUCAUCACUCCCCUCUACCUGGUCCUAACUCGCUUUCAUCCUCUGCUUAUUUAACCCUCCUGUGUGGCAUGAGCAUGUCAUUGGAAGAAAAACGGCAAGCAAGAAUAGUUGUGGUUGUCAUUUCAACCAUAA